UGUAAUAUUACGCUUCAAAUAUUUCCGCGUUCUACGUUGAAUGCCUUUGCUUAGACAUGACUGGAGAUGGCAACAAACGUUGUGAGAAGAGUAGCGCCUCUAUAAAAAUACUCUAGUUAUUCUACUUGAUGUGCAACGAUUGAAAAGUGCUAUCUUUUUUAAAGAAUGUUGUGGCUUGAAAUUUCGCAACAGAGAAAUGCUCUUCAACUUCUGUGAUCCCCGUUUACGACCUGAAAUUGAGUGUAGUACUGUCAGCACAGAAGGUCAUGAAGUUUCUAACCUAAUCAGUGAUUCUGAUAAAGGUUUCUUAGCUUAUGCAUGUAUUAAACCACCUGUUAACAUUGACAUUAGCUUCCUCUGCAAUGUAUCAAUCAAUCAUAUUUUGAUUUGGCCACAUGUUGGUUCUCAGAAGUCUUCGGGCUUCCAAUUACAUGCCAAAACCAGUAAUGACAGCAGCGUACCUUACACUUUAUUGGCUACUGGAUUCUUAGGUCACUCAAAUGCUGGACUGCUAUUUUCUUUUUCGAAUAACAACUAUGAAGCAAUCUCUGUUCCACCAAAUUUUUUAAAACAACAUAUAAAACCAUCUCUGAGAUAUUUAGCAACAUAUUUAAGUAACUUAAGGGUGUGUAUAUGUAAGACAGAGAACUCUGUACCUGCAUUAGGCAAAAUUGAAGUAUGGGGAACUGUAUCACCACGUUGUGGAAAGGAUACAGUGGCCAGUAUUUUUUCUUUAUGGUGUAAACAACAAUCUUUUAAGUCUGAGUUUGCAGAUACACUGCAAUCUUCAGUAGAAAAACCUAAGCAGAUUGAUCAACCUCUUACUGUUACAAAUAACAAGGAGGUACUGGAAUCAUCUCUACAAAUUCCAGAGUCUUUCUUAGAUGCCAUCACUUGGGAAAUUAUGACACAGCCUAUUCUGUUGCCUAGUGGAAAAAUAAUUGAUCAAAGCACAUUACAAAAACAUGAGGAAUCCGAAGCAUUAUGGGGAAGAAGAUUAUCCGAUCCCUUUACUGGCAUACCAUUCAGUGAAGAUCGUAAACCUAUCAUAGCAGCUGCUCUAAAAAUGAGAAUAGACAAGUUUCUACUUGAAAACAGUAAUGCAGAUGAAAUUAAGAAGCUGCCAAGAGUUUUAGGUCACACAUUACCUUUGAGCAUGAUAGACAAACAAAUUUCAGAUGCUCCUAAAUAUUUGUUAAAGCAAAAUAGAUUAAAUAAAAAUAUAAGUAAGCCGAUGUUGCACACUUCUGUAACAAGUAUUCAAGAGAAUAAGAAGUUCUGCCACAAACUGCCAGUUAUUUUAAUGCCCCGUAAACGAAAUGCUUCUACUUUAACUCAACCAGUCAAGAAAAAGAAAUCUACUAAUUCUCAUGUAUCAUUGCACAUAGAAGGAGAAAAUGAAAAAAAAAAUGAUAGCUGUACAGAUGUAGUAAACUUGAAGGCCGAUAACAGCGUGAAGUUCGAUAUUGCCACAGUAGUUCCUCAUUUAAAACGUUUUAACAACAUUCCAGAGAACCAUGACAAAAGUUCUAUGUUGAACACUUGUACUUGUUGUCCUAAUGGAAUUUUUUAUCAACUGCCAUGCAAACAUGUGUUAUGCAGGAAAGCCUUAACAUCUAUUGAAGAUAAUCGGUGUUCAUUAUGCAGAGUGUCAUAUAAAAACGGCGAAAUAAAACGUAUUUAUCAAUAAUUUGUAAAUACAAGAUUCUCUUACAUUAAUUAAAUCCUUAUAUUACUUGUGAUUGUUUUACACUAAAUAUUGUAAAUAAAAUGUAAUAAUAAUUUUUAAUAAAUAUAUAAAAUCUUUUACAUUUUAUUGCAAUGCAAUUCUGGAUUACUAGUUUAUAUUAAACGAUAAGGAUGUAUAAUAAUUAAGUUAUAUUAAAUUGUACUUUCAAGUCACAACAAUUUUCCCUUUACCGGAUGUUUACUAUGUUACAAGUUUAACGUAUGUCGUUUAUAACCGAUCCGCAAAAUUGUACAGAAUAUGUGAAAAUUAAAAUGCAACAUUAUUUAUUCCUGACGCUUGAAUUUAUAUGAAUACUUAAUACAGCUUCUCUACGAUAUGUACAGUAUGUGUUGUCUCCGUAUAUAAAGGACGUGGAAUUUGUUUAAUGUAUAAAUUUCUUGUAUACAAAAUUGAAAAAGCAUUUCUUGAUGUACGAACGUUUCCCGAAUUGUGCAUAUUGUCAUUAAUUCCGUGUAACCAUACGUUAGGACAUUGUUUUAGCGUAAAAUUCAUAAAUUUAAAAAUUAUCUAUUAUAUAUUACUCAGAUUAAAGAUAAGAGUGUUGCGUUAAAUAUGUACACAAGUCUCACAUGUAUCGCGCAUAUUACAUUUGUUAAUAAAUUUUUUCAUUCGUAGCGUAA